GUUUGUGUGGAGAAAAAGUUGGUGUCACUGUGUGAAAAAUGUCUAAAGUCCAAACGGUGAGAGCGCUGGUGGAGCAGCGACUGACUGCGGCUGCUGAAGAGAUAUUUGGGCUGUUUGAAAGAACGAUAGCAGAGUACGAGGAGCAACUUUGUCGUUCAAAAGAGAAGAACAAGCGACAACAGAAACUACUGGACGCUGUUUUCAACCCUCAGCUUCAGUUACAUAAAGCAGACGUCCAGCAGCUGUUGGUGGUAAAAGAGGAGGUUCCCUCCGAGCAGCAGGAGAGGAGCUGCAGUCUGGACCAGGACCAGGAGGAGCCAGAGCACCCACACAUUAAAGAGGAACAGGAGGAACCUUGGAGCAGUCAGCAGGGAGAGCAGCUUCAAGGGCUGGAGGAGGCUGAUAUCACCAAGUUCACAUUCACUCCUGUCCCUGUGAAGAGUGAAGAAGAUGAAGAGAAACCUCAGUCCUCACAGCUUCAUCAAACACAAACUGAACAGAUGGAAACAGAAGCUGAUGGAGAGGACUGUGGAGGACCAGAACCAGACAGGAACUCUGAUUCAGAUCCACAUUUACAACCUGAGACUGAAGUCAGUGAUGAUGACUGGAAGGAGACUAGAGAACCUCAGUCAGGUUUAACGUCUCUGUAUAAUGAUGACGGUCCUGUCAGUGAUUCCAGAUGUGGUGCUGAUCAGAAACCAUUCAGCUGCUCUGAGUGUGGGAGAAGAUUUGUCAGCAGGGGGAGUCUGAAAAGACACAUGAGAUCUCAUACAGGGGAGAAACCGUUCUGCUGUUCAGUGUGUAAUAAAUCUUUUGCGGAGAGUGGAAGUUUACACAAACACAUACAAAUCCACACAGGUGAGAAACCCUUCAGCUGCUCAGUGUGUCACAAAAGAUUUUUGCGGAAGACACAUCUGAAGGUGCACAUGAUAACUCAUACGGGAGAAAGACCGUUCAAUUGCUCCAUGUGUGGCAAAACAUAUAAACAGAAGAUACAACUGACACAACACAUGGCACUUCACACAGGGGACAAACUGUUCAGCUGCUCUCUGUGCGGGAAAGGAUUCAUCCGGAAGUCGAUUUUCCAUUUGCACCUUCAAACUCACACAGGACAGAAACCGUUCAGCUGCACUGUUUGUGCCAGAAGAUUCAGCUUGUUCAGCAGCCUCAAAGCCCAUCUGUGUGCUGGAGAUCAGUCCUCACAGUUUCAUCAGAGUCAAACUGACGAAGAGCCUCCAGCCAGCAGCUCCUCUGGACAGAUCAAAACAGAAGCUAAUGGAGAGGACUAUGGAGGACCAGAACCAGACAGGAACUCUGAUCCAGAUCCACAUCAGACGUCAGAUGUUCAAGGCUUUUCUGAACCUGAAACUGAUGACAGUAAUGACUGGAGGGAGACUGGAGAACUUCAGUCGGGCGUAAACUCUGUCACCGAUUCUAGAAGUAGUGCUAACCAGAAACUAUUUUGCUGCCCUGAGUGUGGGAAAAUAUUUUACCACAACGGAAAUCUAAAGAGACACAUGAGAUCACACACAGGAGAGAAACCAUUCAGCUGCUCCUUCUGCAAGAAGUCUUUCACACAGAGUGGACAUCUGCAGAGACACUUGAGGAUCCACACCGGAGAGAAACCAUUCAGCUGCUCUGAGUGCGGGAAAAUAUUUGGCACUAGCGGAAGUCUGAAGAGACACGUGAUCAUCCACACAGGAGAGAAACCGUUCAGCUGCUCAUUCUGUCACAAAUCUUUCACACGGAAUGUGAGUCUGCAGCUGCACCUGAGGUUUCAUACGGGAAAGAAACUGUUCAGCUGCAUGGUUUGUGGUAAAAGUUUUAGCCAAGCGGGAAAUCUGUCACAACACAUGAUCCACAUCCACACAUUGAAGAAACCAGUCUGCAACAAUUGAGACAAAAUGUUCAACUGGCCUCAUCAGCUCAGAAACCAUGAAUGUGUCGGUGGUCAGUAGGGGUGGGGAAAAAAAUCGAUUCAUGUACAUAUCAUGAUUUAUUUUAUGGGGUGAUUUUAAAAUUUUAUUUUUCUCCCCUGAAUCUAUUAUAUUAUGUCAUAUCCUUGUCCAGAAAAACUUCAACCCUGCUGUCAGUGCUGCCAACUUAGCGACUUUGUCUCUAUAUUUAGACGAUUCGAACCCUCUAGAGACUCUUUGUCUCAAUAUUUAGACUAUUCAGACCCUCUAGAGACUUUUUGUCUCUAUAUUUAGACUAUUCAGCCCCUCUAGAGACUCUUUGUCUCUAUAUUUAGACUAUUCAGACCCUCUAGAGACUAUUUUUCAAAAAAGCGACUAGUGACAAAUCUAGCGACUUUUUCUGGUGGUAUUGGAGACUUUUGGAGACUCGUUCCUACUCUUCUUAACGGGUAGCAGGCGCCGUCCCAAAGCACUCACAAGCGGCCCAGUCCUCCAAACACGCAUGUUGCAUUAUGCCGUUCGUUAGCCGCGAGCUAACAUUAGCUAACAACUAAAGUUGUGUUAAUCACAAAAAGCUACUAUUACUUCCUGUCGCUAAACACAUCUUCAGCUUCCAAAAUAAGAGCACAGUGUGUUAACAGAAUCCACCCCAGAGAGGCCCUAGAAGUGUUUUAUUUUUAUCUGACUUCAGAGAGCACUUUACUUAUUGUUUAAAAAAACAUAUUGGUUAUUGAACAAUUCAUUACAUUAAGUUAAUUAUAUUAGUAAUCAGUUCAUUUCAUAGCUGUAGACUUUGAAACCUGCUGAACAUCUUAUGUACGUCUUUUUGUCUCAGUUGAAACAAAUGUCAGCUGCUGGACUCACUGACAGACUGAUGGUUUAGCAUCUCUAGAAGUGUUUGAUUUAACUUGUUUGUGUUUUUUUUUAAGAAGGAAAAGAAAAUAACCAAUGAUUGAUUAAUGACUGCUCCAAUAUAUUGGUCUUCAGUGUCUUCAGUCAUUGUGUCUAUUUGUUUCAUACUUUCUAGACUUUUUACUGGCGUGUCUAAUGUUUGAUGUUGUUAAUAUUUAUGUGUAAAUAUGUCCCAAAUACAAACAGGACCAGAGGAGUUAUACUUGUUUAAUAGUCCUGUAUGUGUCACCAGACUGCCCCCUGGUGGCUGCUCCGGUGUACUACACCAACUAAAUAAUUUCAAUUUCAAUUUAAAGUACAGACUGAAAAUGAGUAUUUCUGAAUACCCUGAAAUACUGCUGCUCUGUUUAAGCACUUUGUGAUCAACAAUUUUAACAAUAUUGUUACUGUACAAUACAUAAUUAUUAUUAUUACUGUUAUUAGUCGUAGUAUUUCAAUCAGAGACAUUUGGUGGUUUGUAAAAGUUAAAGCAGCUUUUCAUCAUCUCUCUGAUUUUACAGUUCCAUGUGUUUAUUAUGUAUAUAAUUAUAUAUAUGUGUGUUGUUAAUAAAAUCUUGUUGGAAUACGCUGCAGUAAGUGCAAACUUUAAUGUGCAACGCUAAAGUAAAAUAAUAGAAAAUAAAUGCAUAUUCCAAAAAGCCUGAAUUUUAAAUAUAUUUUUUUUAAUGUUUGCUCUAUUUCAGCUUCACAGUGACGUUUAAUUUUAUACAUUUUUACUUUAAAGUGGUGCCUCAACUCCGUUUUUCAAUCUCCAUUUAAUACUUUAAUACUAUAAUAUAAUAUUAUUAUUAUUGUUUUUGUUAUUAUUAUUAUUAUUCAAAUCCUGAAAGGGGCAGAACACUUUUGAGCUGGAGAGAAACUCUGCAACAUAACUAGAGAUUACUUCAUUAUGUUUACAUGAAAUUACAACAAUUACAUAAACAAUAACAACUUUUAAUAAGUCGCUCCUCACUCUGUUAUUGAUGUGAAAUUUAAAAUUCGGUAAAUAUUUACUGAUAUUUGUGGUAAAUUACUUCUUUUUUAUUUAUUUAUUUAUUUAUUUAUUACCUUUGUGUUAAUUCCCCUGUUUAUUUAUAUACUUUUCUAAUUUUCCUUUUUAUGUUUUUAUUCAUUUAAAAAAAAUAUAUACAUUCAUUUAUGUUUUAUUGCAUUUUUGCAUUAUUUUUAAUUUAUUGCAAGUUUAAUUUUAGAUUUAUUAUCAUCUGAUGACAGACCCCUCGUUUGCAUAAUAAAGAAUAAAUAUGAAUAAAAACAACACAAAAAUAAGAAGAAGAACACAAAGGGAAAAUAAAAACAUUUAAAAACAAAACCUUUUUAUAAUUUUAAUAGGAAAGUAAAUACAUUGAGGAAUUGAUACAGCAAUAAAUAGGAAAAAAUACCACUUGUAGUUAUAUUCAUCAAUAUUUAUGAAUGAUAUUAAUGUGUAUCAUGUUUUGUUCUGUGCUUCUGUAAAUAACUGAAUAAAGAUUAAAUUGUCUGACAAGAACAGAAGUCUUUAAUCAGUGAUUGUGGUUAUUAUCUGGAUGUAUACUUUAUUUUAUUUUUAUUUAUUAUUAUUUUAUGUUUUGAGAGUUUGUUUGUUUAUGUUUGAAUUUGCAGCUGAAUGUCACUUAUUGUGGAUGUUUUUUAUGAUGUUUUGUUUAUUAAUAAUGUAACAUGGUUUUAUUCAUGAAGAGAGAAUUAAUUACAUGUUCAUCUAUCUAAUAUAAUCUAAUGACUGACUUAUUUAUUUAUUUAUU